GGCGGAUGUCCGAAAAGAACCCACCCUUCACAGGAGUAUGCAUUAUGCAAUUUGAACGCUCGACCCUUCCCGAGCAUCGCGGCUCACGGACGGUCGUACUACGAAUUGUUAAAAUCCUCAGCCUUCACCUUUCAGCCGGAGCUGCGCUUGACGACAGAUUGCCCCUGCCUGAGGAAGGUUGUCUCCUUCAGACGCGGUUUUCGCGAGGUCGCGGCGCGUAUUGCGUAGCCCCAUGGUCGGUAGACGUUGAUCAGUCGGACAGAAAAGAGAUAUCUACGCACCUCACUGCGUUAAAGGUACUCUUUGAAAACGAAGAAGAGCUUGGGAAGGCGGCCAAACCAGCGUCGAGCUCGCGCUGAAACACGCCGCCCGGGCAGCGUCGGAUUACGACGACCUCUGUAGGCUACCAAUUAAUUUUGUCCCUAUGUCGGGGAUGCCCUGUAGCUUCACCAUUGCCACAAUUUGCCAGCCCGUUGACCAGUGCCUACUGGCUCAGGUCGAUACUCAAGAUCAGGGACACUCCGCCGUUCCAUGUCAUGUCAUACUACGGCC